AUGGACAGCCACGCUUCAGGUUCCGUGACAGCCACGACCUCGAUGGAAGACGCCAACAAAACCGACGAAACGGUCGUCGACCGCGAAAUCGGGCACAAACCCUACCGACCAAGAAAAUGGCAAAGCAACCUGACCAUCCUAAGCUGCAACAUCGCCAACUUCAGCGACGGCUUCCAGAACCAGCUCGCCAACCCAACCAAUGUCAUCUUCAAGCACUUGCUAGGAACGGGUUACUCUUCCGAAAUGCAGACGCGGAUCAGCAAUUCGUUGCUCAUCGGUGCGAUCCUGGGUGUUUUGGUUCUAGGAUACGUCUCUGACAUGAUGUCGAGACGAGCUGGGCUGCUGUUCACCUCGGGGCUUGUCACGGUCAGUACGUUGAUGGCUGCUCUGGCAUUGCACGUGCAUCCGUCGUAUAAUAUGCUGUGGUAUUUUGUCGCCGUGCGUGGGAUAUGUGGGUUUGGCGUUGGGGGAGAGUAUCCGCCCAGUGCAGCGGCUGGGCUGGAAGAAUCGGACGAUUUCCGCCGCCGCUACCGCGGCCCCCUCUUCAUCUCCUUCACAACCCUAAUGGCCACCAGUGCCUCUCCCAUCCUUAUGAUAAUCUACCUUGUCACCCUAAAAGCGAGCAACAACAACCUGCCCGUGACCUUCCACGCGCUGUACUCAAUCGCCGCCCUCCUCCCCUUCACAAUCAUGCUCCUCCGCCUCUUCAUGACCGACUCGACCCUCUACCACAACUCCAACUUCCGGCUCAUCCCACAGCGACGCAGUCUGCGAUUCUACCUCCUUCUCGGGCGUCGCUACGCCUAUCGCCUGUUCACAAUAUCCCUCGCCUUCUUCCUCUACGACUUUAUCAACUUCCCAAACAGCAUCAUGUCAAGCACAAUCAUCUCCUCCCUAGUCCCAGACCACAACAUUCAAACAACUGCAAUCUGGCAAGUGAUCCUAGCGGCUCUCCCCGUUCCCGGCGUGCUUCUCGGCGCAUACCUUACGCACACCCUUGGCCGCCGCACAACGGGGAUCCUAGGCUUCACCGGGUACACAGUAACCGGCUUCAUAAUCGCAGGUCUAUACAGGCCCCUCUCAGCUCACAUCCCCGCAUUCGUGGUUCUUUACGGCCUCAAUGCCUUUGGGCAUAUGGGCCCGGGUGCAACAACUGGACUCAUCUCCUCUGAAUCUUUUCCGACGGCAAUGAGGGGGAUGGGAUACAGUGUCACCACGGCGUUUGGAAGGACGGGGGCUGCGGUGGGGACGCAAUGUUUCACGCCGCUGAGGGAGAAUGUUGGCGAUAAUGUGACGUUUUGGCUUGCUGGGGGUGUAGCGGUUCUGGGGGCUGUGGUGUAUUGGUUUCUACCGGAGAGUGGAGAGUUGGAUCUUGAGAAGGAGGAUAGGGAAUUGGAGGGAUGGUUGAGAGAGAAGGGGAUUGUGAUUUAG